AUGCAGGCCUAUCACCACCACCCACCCUCACUCCGCCGCCACAAUUCACAUGUCAAUUGCGCUGCCGCCGGCGAUAAAGCAAGUGGUGUCGGAAUCAUGGGCGAAUUUAACCCGACGGAUGCGGAGAUAAUCCGUGAGUAUCUGAUGAAGAAGAUCAACAAUGAGGCGUUUCAUACCGACAUGAUCAGUCCAGUUCACUUCUAUGCUUUCACUCCAGAUUAUCUUUCUGAUAUCAUGCAUAGUAGAAAAGUUAUUGGGUCGUGCAGGCAGUUCGUCUACUUCACAGGGAAACGUCGAGAUUCUGUCAGGACUGAUUGGAUGAUGCGAGAAUUCACAGCACCAGAGAAUCGCGCGAGGAUGAAAGAUUGGGUUGUGUGUAAGAUGUAUAGGAACGAAAUCCGGAUAUCAAGAAAAAGAAACCAUGAUGGAGAGGCGAACAACAACCCGGCCUACACUGAGGCGAUACGACCAGUCGACGAUAGCUCAACACCCAAAUUUUGA